UUGUUUGAUACAAUACGAGUCGUAAAGUGGCGGUUAUUAUUUUGAUAAAUUUAUUUUUAAAGCAAUUAAUUUUUGCAUUAUAUAUGUAAUAUAAAAAGGACUUAAGCAAAUAUUCUAAUCAGGAUUUAGUUACUUAAGAAAAUCAUUAAGUUAUGAACUAAAAUGACUAACAACAACAGUGUCAGAUACUGGAAGCGAUUAUGGCGGUGGACGACAUCGGAGAGUCUUACAAAAGAAGAGUUAAUGUCUAUACUUGGCGCCAAAGAUGUAACCGAGGCUUUACGUCAAGGCUUGUCCAGUUACAAACCCAACAAGCCAGAGCUUUACAACCAGCUACAAGCUAAAAAUACAGACCAAACUAAGCUGUUGGCAGUUGUUCAAAUUUUACAACAUUACAUGGAUGUUGACUGCUUCCAAAUUUGGGACAUAAUAAAAUACUAUUUAUGCGACAUUUCAUAUGGGACCCCAGAAAAUGCUCUGAAAAACAUUGCUUUUGUUGACACCCGCCACUCUGUCAUCAUCACAUCUGUCACAUCUCCUAACAUAUGGAACUUUUACUAUGCUGAAAGACUGUUUUUACUCAAACUCUUGCAAUAUAUCAUUGAAUUCAAGGAUGACAACCAAAAUAAACAUGCAAAAGAAUUUUCAAAAAUAUUCUCAGAUCUGGACUGGAAUAAAACUGUGGAUUCCUUGAUAUCUCAGUUUGAAAAAUUGGUGACAGCAGCGCCACCACCUAGGAAAAUCCAGCACGAAUUUUCAAGUGACACUGUAAGGCAGGAAUGGGCAGAAUGUAACCUUCGAGAGCAGAUAACUAUUUUGCAAAUCCUUUUAUUGAUAGUUAAUGAGAAUGCCAUGUCUACGGAGCAGUUUAACAAACUUAUGGUGUUGUUCAAGAAGCAUGGUUAUGGAAAAAGUCAAGGGUUCAGUGAAUUCCUUGAGGAGAGACACAGGGACUUGUGUACGAGAGUGAUGUACAUGGAAGUCUGCCUGUUUAUGGUAGUUGUAGACAGUAAACUUAUUAAAAACCCCUCAUCAUGGAUAGAGUCCACCAAACAGAAUGUGGAGUGUGAGCUCACAAAACUGCAGAUGAAUAUUGAGCACAGUGCCAUGCUCAUAACUUGGAUGCUUCUAUCAUUGCAGAGUGAACAACAUGCCAAGCUGUUUGAGAGCCAAUAUCAGCACUAUGGGUCAAUAGCACUCAAAAUGCACGUAUUUGAAUUUCUGCAACAAAUGUUAAAUUCAUCUGUCCUCUCUGACAAUUCAAAAUGCUCAUUGAUCAUAAGGAAGCGAAUAUUCAACCUCCUUAAUAUAUUAUGCGACAAAUUCGACGCUGACGGCACUCUCAGCCAUCAAUCCGGCAUCAUGCCACUUUGUGCUGACCUCAUUAAGACUCCGGAAUUAGCAGCAGAAUUUUGGGAACUCCACUCAAAAGAAGAAAGUUUCGGAGUAGUGUCCCUGUGGAACACGGCAUUGGAGUAUUUCCCCUAUAAUUAUAGCGCUUUAUCGACGUUGGCGUCGGGGCUCGCUGAAGCCGGAAAGAGUAGCGUUUUAAAUCUACUAGGAGAACUAAAGAAUCUGCCAGUGUACACAGAAAUCUAUAAGCCUAAUGGAGUUUCACUGAUGUCUGUGCACGUAGACGAGGCUAUCAUUGGCCGGGAGUAUUACCCCUUGGGCGACCCUUCCUACAGGAUAGAAGCGGGUUCCCGGGCCACCAUCAUGGAGAGAAAGGAAGGAACCAUGAUUCACUUCAGGACACCAUACUCUUACUGGACGAUAUUCAAUAAUGAAAUAGAAAAAGCUUUGGAUCGUAAACAACAUCAUCAGCAUAAUAUUACUAUGACGUUACAAAAGGUUUAUGAGGGCACUAAAGUUUUGAAGGGUGUCCUAAAAGCCCUAGUAGAAGACAAAGAGAUUCCAAAAAGCCUAGUAGGGCCAAGUGAGGGCGUGUUUGACGUUCUCGUGCGGUUCAUGAGAGCAGACGCGCCUGCGCUGCCUCUGUUGGUGGAGUGCUUGCAAGUCUGCACCGCCCUCAUACCGGCCUUCCCUAAAGAGAUACAUUUGAGACUAAGCAACACAGGCCUCCUGCCGCGCAUCAUAAACCAGAGACUGACCCACGUGGAGUACACCAACGGCGCUUCGUUCGACUCCGCCGCAGUGGGGUCUUACCUCGUCACCAUCGAACAACCCACUGGCACUUACAAGUUCUUAGGCGCUUAUAUUGACAUGCUGUGCGCUUUUCAUGAGGCAUCCAACGACGAACGCAUAACAUCCGACGUGAUCCUGCCGGGCCUAGUGCUGAUCCUGCGCGAGGUGUUCCCCAACGUGUGCGGCUGGCGGUACAGCCACGCGGCCGAUCGCCGCGACAUGUUGCGCCGUUGCGCCACAUUCUUAACCCUAGUGCUGCAACAUACCAAAGACACGAACAAAAGUAUAGAGCUGCUGAAACGGACGUGUUUGUACAGCUUGCUGCAUUCUGAGAAUGCGUUGGAGUUAUUGAAGAUUAUAUCUGUCGGCAAUCAACAAUUGGAAAGAAUAAUGCAAGACGAAACAAACUGGGUAUCAGGUACCUGCGUGCAAUACUUAACGACAUUACAGAGAUGUGUUGCCAUAGUAAUGUUCUCACUUCGCCUCAAAAACCUGGUGGGGGAGCCCAAUGAGAUGACCCCUCUAGAGCAUCUCAUAUUUGCCCAGAACAAACAGAAGGACUCGCUGAAAGUUGUGCCUAGAGUCACAAGUUAUAUUAACCACGCUUUCAACAAAAGUUUACCGGUGCUGUGCUGUCGCCUUUUAAAGAGAUUUGCUGAUAGUUUUCAAAUGUCACUAUUCGCGUCCCUCGAAAUGACUCCGUAUCAAGUGCGAGUGAUGUUCCUCGACCGUCUACGGGACGAGUACGAGACGGCUGACCUCAAAGUCGCCAUUUUGGAGUUUGUGGCGACCUGCGUGGGCAAACAGCCGGGGCUUACUGAGGCGUUCUUCAUGAUUAACUAUGAGGCUGCUAAGGAGGACAAAGAUAAAAAAGAGGCGCAGGACAAGAAGGAUGACAGCUUCGAAGGCAUCCUCGGUUAUAUGGCCGAUUACUUGGGCACUGUUAAGUCGGAUGUUAAAUUGCUUCACAGCCCAUUACUGGCUUGCAUCAUGGGCUUGUUCCACGCCCUGUGGAAGAACAACAUGCAGAUUUUGGUGAAAAAAUUACGUGAAAACCCCAAGUUCUGGGAACACAUGACCAGCCCUCUGUUCAGCGAGAUACAGCCUAACUUGAGGACGUAUGCGCAAAUAUUCAACGUACUAGGAAUCGAACUAUUUGCAUGCAGGGGAAAACCAGAACCAAAUCUCGUAGAAGUAUUGAAUCAGUUUUUUGACACAAACAAAAAACAUCUUGAUACCUGGAUCGAUUAUAUAUUUUCUUUCAAAGGAAAAGAUGACGAUAAGGAAGUAGCUGAUAAAGUGCCAGUUUGGUUGGGACUGUUGACUUCGUGGAAAGACUUCACGACAAUCUUCUGCAAAUGUUCACCGAUAAGUUUAAACAUUGCACACAAAGCUAAGAUGGUCGCGCCGUGCAUGACUGCACUUUUGAACGAAUUGGAGGAUAUGAAAGACAGCAGGCUCACGGUUAUACUGGCUGAGCUGUACGUUAUAAUGCUGGCGAAUUGGAAAGACGAUUGUUUCGACAAUCGAAAGGGGAGUGCUAAACAGAUUGAAACUCUUCUCACUAAUACAGCUAUAAUGUACGAAUGUUUGCAUCCACGCGCCAUUCGCGCCAUCCUGUCUAUAGGAACGGUGGCUAUUAGCAGCUUGGAUUAUGAAAUUAAAGCGAACAGUGUCACAGCUCAGAAUAUUAUACGAUCAGUGACGAAUAUUAACACUAUUGAGCUAGAGAAGCUAUUUGAUAACAUCCAGGAUAAGAAAGUCGAAACUAACGGGGUCAAAGAGACCAUACCUCCAGUUGUAUUAUCAUUAGCUAUGUUGGAGCAAUGUUUAGAUUUGUACGACGAUAUGUUUUCGGAGUUGAGCCAAUGGUUCCAAUCGAGCAGAUUCGUCAACAAACUGCUGUGCUGCCUGCAAAUGAACCUGCAAAAUAGGCGGCACUACCACACGUGUUUAGCUGCUCUAAGAUGCCUCACGUCAUAUUCGAGAGGACCGUUCUCUAAAGAUUUACUCAUGAGCGACAUCGAUCAAUUCCUCUGGAUGCAGUUACUGCCACCCAAGUUCGACUCAAAUGAGGCGCUUUCGUGGAAGCCUCAGGAAUGGUGGAAGAUAUACGCGUACAGUUUAGAUUUUAUAUCGAUGAUGGUGAUGAAACAUGGUCAGUUCUUCGCGAGCGAUGCCAUAACAUUUGUGGGCGUGCAUUUAGACCAUUUGGUAGAAGCCAUACUGUUGCCGCGACAGGUGUAUAGCAUUGAAGCGUUGAAUCUCUGCUCUUCUACGUUGAAUUUGGUCGUGCAGCUGGUGAAAUUCGAAGCUAGAUGGCGCAUCCAGAAUAUCAAUUCUCUUAUUGGAAUCAUGCGCAGUAUAAGUGCUUGUUUGUACCAAUGUGUGAUAUUGAUCCUGCGCUCGCGUCGCUCCUCUGACCCUGCUUUACAAACGAGCGACGAAAAUAUUGGACAGCCGCCGUCAGUAUUGCAUAGAACCCUUGAAGUCUUGCACAUGUCGACGCUAUGCCUGCUCGCCUUCAGUCCCGAUCUGCUGUCUCUGUUAGCGGACCCGGGGCUCGAUUUAGAGCGUUGGCAGCCGUUGGUGGAACUCCACUUUGGCGCCCCCAAGAUAUCCUACGAGCCAUUCCCUCAGCUCACAUUUGGAACACUUCUGUCGGCUAUAUGUUUAUUGACAAGAACUCUUAAUCACGCGUACCACGUAGAAGAAGGCGGCAACUCGUCGCUGACGUGCGGCUCGCGGUCGCCGCGGCGCCGGCGCGCGUGCUCGUGCGGCAGCCCCGAGGCGCGGCGCGCGGCGCGCUCCGACUCGCUCACCAGCGUCAGCUCCGCCGCGUCCGCGCUGCCGCCGCUCGACGAGAGGCUCGUCGCCGGCGCACUGGAGGCCACGGCCACUUUGCUCGCCUCGCAGGCCCUGUUAGCUGUGCGCGACCCGAGCGUUGCGUCUCGCCACAAGCAGCUCAUCCGUCGUGAACUCGGCUCCGAACUCACUCCGUUCCACGAUUUCGUGCGCAAGCGCAUACUUUGCGCCGCACACAACCGGUCAUACUUAGUCCGAAAUAAAAUCGAUGCGUGGCCUCUACAACCUAACGAAGAAGAAGUUAAAAGAAUCGAAGAGGUCCGAAAAGAACGCAAUUUAAUUGAUGAAAAGGAUGACAGGGCGCUGCCCCCACCACCUCCGCCGAAACGAGCGAGCCACGACUCCAUGAGACAAUAUAUUCUUCGGAAACAUUAUCUUGCUAAUUGCGCUCAAACGCCUACAAAAGGACCUCCUUCGCCCGUCUCACACUCCACACCAGCAUCUGAUAAGAAAAAGGAAACAUCUAGAAGUUCCAAGCGUGUCUCAUGGGCUGACACUACUCCAGAUAGUGACGAGAGUCUGGAUAGCUCGCUAGAAGAAAUCGAACCCGUGUAUUCGAACUUAACUGACGUACAAAUUAAUAAUGAUGAAGAUUAUUUCCAUUUUAUGUCUGUUGUAUUUCUUUAUAUUUGUCAAACUGAGUUAUAAUAGGUAUGUGUCAUUGUAAGUGAAAACAGGGAGGCGUUAAUUGGUUCAUAAUAAAAUGUAUUUUUUGAAUUAAAA